UCUAGGAUGGCCAGGAACUGCCAGCUAUGAAACCUACAUAGUGGAACAUCGCGAUGCUUCUGUAAGAUGUGUGAUGAGGAAUAGAGUUCGGCUUUGGAGUGCUCGGAACCAGAGAUACUGCCGAGGACUCGGAGCCCAGCCCUGACCACGAGCGCGCCCACACACAAUGAACAAAUUGAAUUUCCAUAACAACAGAGUCAUGCAAGAUCGUCGGAGUGUGUGUAUUUUCCUUCCCAAUGAUGAAUCUCUGAACAUCAUCAUAAAUGUUAAAAUUCUGUGUCACCAGUUGCUGGUCCAGGUAUGUGACUUACUCAGGCUAAAGGACUGUCACCUCUUUGGACUCAGUGUUAUACAGAAUAAUGAACAUGUGUAUAUGGAAUUGUCACAAAAGCUUUAUAAGUAUUGUCCAAAAGAAUGGAAGAAAGAAGCCAGCAAGGUACGACAAUACGAAGUCACUUGGGGUAUUGACCAGUUUGGACCUCCUAUGAUCAUCCACUUCCGUGUGCAGUAUUACGUAGAAAAUGGCAGAUUGAUCAGUGACAGAGCAGCAAGAUACUAUUAUUACUGGCACCUGAGAAAACAAGUUCUUCAUUCUCAGUGUGUGCUCCGAGAGGAGGCCUAUUUCCUGCUGGCAGCCUUUGCCCUCCAGGCUGAUCUUGGGAACUUCAAAAGGAAUAAGCACUAUGGAAAAUACUUUGAGCCUGAGGCUUACUUCCCAUCUUGGGUUGUUUCCAAGAGAGGGAAGGACUACAUCCUGAAGCACAUUCCAAACAUGCACAAAGAUCAGUUUGCACUGACCGCUUCCGAGGCUUAUCUUAAAUAUAUCAAAGAGGCCGUCCGACUGGAUGACGUUGCGGUUCAUUACUACAGACUGUAUAAGGAUAAAAGAGAAAUUGAAGCUUCUCUGACUCUUGGAUUGACCAUGCGGGGGAUACAGAUUUUUCAGAAUUUAGAUGAAGAGAAACAAUUACUUUAUGAUUUUCCCUGGACAAAUGUUGGAAAGUUGGUGUUUGUGGGUAAGAAAUUUGAGAUUUUGCCAGAUGGUUUGCCCUCAGCCAGGAAGCUCAUAUACUACACAGGGUGUCCCAUGCGCUCCAGACACCUCCUGCAACUCCUGAGCAACAGCCACCGCCUCUACAUGAAUUUGCAGCCUGUCCUGCGACACAUCCGGAAGCUGGAGGAAAAUGAAGAGAAGAAGCAGUACCGGGAAUCUUACAUCAGUGACAACCUGGACCUUGACAUGGACCAGCUGGAAAAGCGUUCCCGGGCCAGCGGGAGCAGCGCGGGCAGCAUGAAGCACAAGCGCCUGUCUCGUCACUCCACUGCCAGCCACAGCAGCUCCCACACCUCAGGCAUCGAGGCAGACACCAAGCCCCGGGACACGGGGCCAGAGGACAGCUACUCCGGCAGCGCCAUCCACCGCAAGCUGAAGACCUGCAGCUCAAUGACCAGCCAUGGCAGCUCCCACACCUCAGGGGUGGAGAGCGGUGGCAAGGACCGGCUGGAAGAGGACUCACAGGAUGAUGAAAUAGAGAUGUUGGUUGAUGAUCCCAGGGACCUGGAACAGAUGAAUGAAGAGUCUCUGGACGUCAGCCCAGACAUGUGCAUCUAUAUCACGGAGGACAUGCUCCUGUCGCGGAAGCUGAAUGGACAUUCUGGGUUGAUUGUGAAAGAAAUCAGCUCUUCCACCUCCAGCUCUUCAGAGACCGUCGUCAGGCUUCGUGGCCAGAGUACCGAUUCUCUUCCACAGCCUUCCUUUGUUUUGCAGACAAUAUGUCGAAAACCAAAGACUUCCACUGAUCGACAUAGCUUGAGCCUCGAUGACAUCAGACUUUACCAGAAAGACUUCUUGCGCAUUGCAGGUCUAUGUCAAGACACUGCUCAGAGUUAUACUUUCGGUUGUGGCCAUGAACUGGAUGAAGAAGGCCUCUACUGCAACAGUUGCUUGGCUCAGCAGUGUGUUAACAUCCAAGAUGCUUUUCCAGUCAAAAGAACCAGCAAAUACUUUUCUCUGGAUCUCACUCAUGAUGAAGUUCCGGAGUUCGUUGUAUAAAGCAUAUCUGCGUGCAGCUGUAUGGGCAGCAUGCUGUUUGCUAGAGGCUGUGAAAGCCAUGGGUUCUUUCUUUACAUAUUUCUUGUGCCAUAUUUUUUUCCACCCAAAAUACAGCUCUUUAUGAUAUUUGUAAUGGAAAUAAAAGCCUUGGGACAAUUGCACUUUAAGUAUUACACUAAGGUAAAAGAGAAUGUAUAGCAAGACAAGUGCCCUGAAGUUCAUGAUCCUUUGGAAGGAAAUGUGCUUUACUGGUUACCAAGCCUUUAGAAUGUUGAACUGUGGUGUUUUGGUCAUCAUUUUGUUUUUUAGCUCAAUUACACAUAACAUCACAUUUUUUAUCAUGUGAGUGAUGUUAGGUUUAUUUGUUGGCUUGUAAAUUUUUUUUCACUCACGAAAUGCUCAUGUUUUGAGGGAGGAUAGAAAAGAAUCUCUCUUUUAAUAGAGAGACUUGCCUAGUAACAUAGCCAUUGCCGCCUCACGGGGGCUGUCCCAAAGUGAACACUGACGGAGCAGUCAAAAUCGAGUGGUUCUAGCAAGCCAAAGAUAUGUACAUACCAGAAGUGCAGCCCAGCAUCAAGAAGAUGUGAAUUAAGCAAUAACCAGAAGACUGUGCAUGCUGCAAUGCCUUGUGACUCCUUCGUGCCCGUGUCUUCCUCCUGCUCUUCCAGAAAGCUCUAAGACUCAGUUGAUUUCCUCAUCCAAGUAACGGAUCAAUUGUGUUCAUGUCAUAAUGUAUUUUGUGCAGUUUCCAACACUGUUUUCUGUUAAAAUUAUGGAAAUGUCUUAGAAAAUGUUUGUGCUUGGUGUUUUGUUUUUUAAUCAAGAACAAAUUAUGGUAAUGCUAGUUUCUGCCUAACCAAAAAUAUCAUAACCAUACAUAUAUCUUAUUAUACAUAUAUAAAUACAGGAGAUUGUGCGUGUUUAUAUGUGUUUAAAGCUUACUACUUCAUUUUGGCUUCUGUGACUAUCUUGUUGUAUACAUGGUCUUUCUUGUUUAAUAUGGAGGAUGCAUCAUUGUAGGAAUGAUACCUACAGACAAUCAGUUGACAUGUAUAGAGUUAAAAAUGACUAUUUUCUCAUGUGUCUUUUGCCAUGAUUCUCAACCCAAUGUGCAUAAUAGAAUCAUUUGGGAAGCUUUAAAAAAAAAAUAACUGUCUGGGUCUCACCUUCAGUGGAUUAAAUCAUUCUCUUGUAGUGCAACCCAGAUGGAAUUGCCUUUUCUUUUAAAGUUCUCCAGAUGGAGCUAAUGUGCAGCAAAGUUGAAAGCCACCAGUUCAGAGGGUGUCUUUUUUAUUAAUUUUGAAGUAAAAGCAUACAGAAAAUGUUACCGUUUGAGAAAGGGACAUUUUUAAGACAGUUACUGCCACUGCUGUUAGGAUACAUAAUGAAACCAAGUCAGGAGCAUGAACUUGCUAACCUUUAGAUGUACAGUGACAAUUUGGCUCGCACUUCAGGAGAGUACUUUAGCACAGUGUCUUUCUAUGAGAUGUUUUUAAUGAUUCCGUAUUUAAAACAUUUGUUUACCAUAUUUUGAUAUACCAUUUUUUCUAUCUACCAGGUUUUAUUAAAAAAAAAAAAAACUUAUCUUAUUUUCUAAAGAAACAGUCAUAUUUUUAUACAAAAUUAAGUUUUCAGGUAACAAGGAAGUAGAUUUAGGGUACAGCAGAAUAUGCAGUAUUACCCAUGGAUGGGAGUCAGUAUUAUAAACACAUGGAGAACAUAAGCAAGCUCCACCUGUGCUGCCCUUCUCAUGUCCCCACAUGGAUGUGACAAGGCAGUAUGUAUACAAUAAGCCUGGUUAAAAUAGUUUAACUUGACACUUUAAAAGGAAAAAAGUCCAUAGAAUUCUAUGAUCAUGAAAUCAUUUUGCUUUUUAUCAAAUGUUUUGAAAAAAACCAAAGUUUUGGAUAUCAGAAUGUAUAAAAGUAUCUCAGUCUCUGUAUAAAAGGAUGAAAGUAUGAAAGGAUUUUCUAAUGGCUAUUUUACUUAUCAGUCAUUAAAUAAUCCACCAUUUGUUCUAAAUGCUUAAGAGACAAAUCCUGGUGAAGUUUGAUUCUAAAUAGCCCAGGUCAUAAUGUGGUGCAUUAAAUUAGUGCUUAGAGUUUCUUACAAACAUCAAGAAAAAACAUGUUUAAUUAACUAGGUAGCGCUUUAUACUUUGUUUUCUCUCUCCUUCAAUCAGAAUCAAGUCUUCAGGGUUUUGCCAGCACUGUUGGUGGUUUUGCACACCUUCUUUGUAAUUGGAUUUUUGAAUAGUCUUGUGGGUUUUCAAAAAUGAAACACGCUAAGGACAUUUUUGCUUUUUGAUCCACUGUUUGCAGCAGAAUUAUAUAUAUGUAUAUGAAAAUCCAUUUUGAAUACCUACAUUUUUGUAUUUGGAAAUUGUUUUAAAAAUAAAAAAAGAAAAGAAAAGUGUAAAGCUGUUAUUUAUUCUGCAUUUGUUAAUAUCCAUUGCUAGUUAAUAUACCAAUUUGGUAUAUAUUGCCUCUACACACCUACAUUUGUAUUUGCAACAGUGAGCUUUAUAUCUACAUAAACUGUAAAUAAUCCUUUCUGUGAAAGGAUCAUCAUGUAAGGAUGAUACCAAAAGUGUGUUAAAAAAAAAAAAACUACAUUAUUUUGUAAUUAUUCUUAUAGGCAUUUCAUGGUAAGAUUAACAGUCAAUAAAGUUACUUUUUAUUUGUCUUUGAA